UGCUCUCUUUCUUUGCCUCGGCAGCUGGCUGAGGGGGCGGGCCUUGCAGUCUUUGUUGCCGGAGGAGCGAGUGCAGCUGCCCGGCGGCUAGAGUCAGGAUCCCGACCUUGGGAAGAGUUUAAAGCCGGGCAUGUCCUGAGUCGGACCCAGGCCCGGCUGGGACGCAAAGACGCAGACGAAGGCGUGCACAAGGGGUCGUCCUGCGGCCACCUCGUCCUGGCCAUGCACCGUGGUCCGAGUCUCCUCCUGAUCCUGUGCGCUCUGGCGCCCAACGUCCCCGGACCUGCAUCAGGUCUUGUGACUGAGGGCCGGGCGGGUUUGGACAUCGUGCACCCCGUGCGAGUGGACGCUGGAGGCUCCUUCCUGUCCUAUGAGCUGUGGCCACGGGUGCUGCGCAAGCGCGAUGUGUCUGCUACGAAGGCUUCAUCUGCUUUCUACCAGCUGCAGUACCAAGGGCGGGAGCUGCUUUUCAACUUGACCACCAACCCUUAUCUGCUGGCUCCCGGCUUUGUGAGUGAGAUCCGACGUGGCAGCAACUUAAGCCAUGCGCACAUCCAAACCAGUGUCCCAACCUGCCAUUUGCUUGGUGAUGUCCAGGACCCAGAGCUGGAAGGCGGCUUUGCAGCCAUCAGCGCCUGCGAUGGCCUAAGAGGUGUGUUCCGGCUCUCCAAUGAGGACUACUUCAUUGAGCCUCUGGAUGGAGUUCCAGCUCAGCCUGGACAUGCCCAGCCCCACAUGGUGUACAAACACCAAGAAUCUGGGCGGCAGGCCCAGCAGAAUGACUCAAGGCCUUCAGGCACCUGUGGGGUGCAAGUGUCCCCAGAUCUGGAGCAGCAGCGAGAACAUUGGGAACAGCAGCAGCAGAAGCGGAGGCAGCAACGAUCAGUCAGCAAAGAGAAGUGGGUGGAGACCCUGGUAGUGGCCGAUUCCAAGAUGGUGGAGUUCCACGGGUUGCCGCAAGUGGAGAGCUAUGUGCUGACGAUCAUGAACAUGGUGGCUGGACUCUUUCACGAUCCAAGCAUUGGGAACCCCAUUCACAUCAGCAUUGUGCGCCUUAUCAUACUGGAAGAUGAGGAGAAGGACUUAAAGAUCAUACACCAUGCCGAAGAGACUCUGAAGAACUUCUGUAGGUGGCAGAAGAACAUCAACAUCAAGGGGGAUGACCACCCACAGCACCAUGACACUGCUAUCCUGCUUACCAGGAAGGAUUUGUGUGCGUCCAUGAACCACCCCUGCGAAACCCUGGGCCUGUCUCACGUGUCUGGCUUGUGCCAGCCUCAGCUCAGCUGUAGUGUCAGUGAGGAUACUGGCAUGCCACUGGCCUUCACUGUGGCCCAUGAGCUUGGACACAGUUUUGGCAUUCAGCAUGACGGCACCGGCAAUGACUGUGAAUCCAUUGGGAAACGGCCUUUCAUCAUGUCUCCACAGCUCCUGUAUGACAGAGGUAUACCGCUCACCUGGUCCCGCUGCAGCCGCGAGUACAUCACCAGGUUCCUUGACCGUGGGUGGGGCCUGUGUUUGGAUGACCGUCCAACCAAGGAUGUCAUUGAGUUCCCCUCGAUGCUGCCCGGUGUCCUGUAUGAUGUGAACCACCAGUGCCGCCUUCAGUAUGGGCCUCACUCAGCCUACUGUGAAAACGUGGAUAAUGUCUGCCACACAUUGUGGUGCUCUGUGGGGACCACCUGUCACUCCAAGAUGGAUGCGGCUGUGGAUGGGACGAACUGUGGCAAGAACAAGUGGUGUCUCAAUGGAGAGUGCGUCCCUGAGGGCUUCCAGCCCGAGGCGGUGGACGGUGGCUGGUCCGGUUGGAGUGCCUGGUCUGUCUGCUCCAGGAGCUGUGGCGUGGGUGUACGGAGUUCUGAACGACAGUGCACACAGCCUGUGCCUAAGAACAGAGGCAAGUACUGUGUGGGGGAGCGGAAGCGGUUCCAGCUCUGCAACCUGCAAGCCUGCCCUCCGGACCGUCCCUCUUUCCGCCACACCCAGUGUAGCCAGUUUGAUGGCAUGCUCUACAAGGGCAAGUUGCAUAAAUGGGUGCCAGUGCUCAACAACGACAACCCCUGUGAGCUGCACUGCCGGCCCACUAACCACUCCAAUACAGAGAAGCUGAGGGAUGCGGUGAUGGAUGGCACCCCUUGCUACCAAGGCCGAGUCAGCCGUGACAUCUGCAUCAAUGGCAUCUGUAAGAAAGUGGGCUGUGACUUCGUGAUUGACUCUGGUGCUGAGGAGGACCGCUGUGGUGUGUGCCAGGGGGAUGGUUCUACUUGCCACACCGUGAGAAGGACCUUCAAGGAGCCUGAAGGCGUGGGGUAUGUGGAUAUCGGGCUGAUCCCAGCUGGAGCCCGAGAGAUUCUCAUUGAGGAGAUGGCCGAGGCUGGCAACUUCCUGGCCCUGCGGAGUAAGGACCCAGAUAAGUACUUCUUCAAUGGCGGCUGGACCAUCCAGUGGAGUGGAGACUACCAGGUGGCAGGCACUACCUUCACCUACACACGGAAGGGCAACUUGGAGAACCUCACAGCCCUGGGCCCCACCAGUGAGCCUAUCUGGAUCCAGCUGCUGUUCCAGGUGAAGAACCCUGGGGUACGCUACCAGUAUACCAUCCAGAGGGACAGCCAUGAUCAAGUCCGGUCACCUGAGUUCUUCUGGCAUUAUGGGUCCUGGAGCAAGUGCACUGUCACCUGUGGAACAGGCGUGCAGAAGCAGAGCUUGUACUGCAUGGAGAGGCAGGCUGGAGUUGUAGCUGAGGAACACUGUAACUCUCUAAAUCGGCCCCGCGAGCGCCAGAGGAAAUGCAGUGAGGAGCCCUGUCCCCCCAGGUGGUGGGCAGGGGAGUGGCAGCCGUGUUCCCGAUCCUGUGGGCCUGAAGGCCUCUCUCGCCGGGCUGUGCUCUGCAUACGUAGUGUAGGGCUGGAUGAGCAGCGUUCCCUUGAGCUAUCUGCCUGUGAACAUCUUCCCCGUCCCUUGGCUGAAACCCCGUGCAACCGUCAUAUAACCUGUCCCUCCACCUGGGAGUAUCCCAUGUACAUAGUGGACACAGGUGCCUCUGGAAGUGGCUCCUCCAGCCCCGAGCUCUUCAAUGAGGUUGACUUCAUCCCGAACCAGCUGGCUCCACGCCCUUCCCCAGCAUCCUCACCCAAGCCGGACAGCAUCAGCAACGCUAUUGAUGAGGAGGACCGGGAACUGGAUCCGCCAGGGCCUGUGUUUGUGGAUGAUUUCUAUUAUGACUACAACUUCAUUAACUUCCAUGAAGACCUGUCCUAUGGGUCCUUUGAGGAACCCCAUCCAGACCUGGUUGAUACAUCUCACGUCAGACCCACUGAAUCCCCCUCAGAUACUCCAGUGCCUACUGCAGGGGCUCCUGGAGCUGAGGAAGAGGACAGUCAGGGACCUUCGUCUCUUAGCCCUUUACUCAGUGAGGCUAGUCAUUCCCCACCAGUAUUAGAGCAGAGCCCUGUCAACCCCUUGGCUAAUUUCUUGUCUGAGGAAGAUACUCCCAUGGGGGCCCCUGAACUUGGGUUCCCCAGCUUGCCCUGGCCCCCUGCUUCAGCUGAUGAUACGAUGACACCUGAUGCCCCUGGAAAUCCUGAUGAGUUGCUAGUGAAAGAAGAUAAGCAGAGCCAGCCAUCUACUCCAAGGUCUGAAAGGAACAAGCUUUCUAAAGAUGGUAACCCCUUGGAUCAUACAUCCCCUGCCCUGCCCCAAAGCCCUAUCCCCACUCAGCCCUCUCUACCCUCCAUCAGUCCUACCCACGCUUCUCCGAGUCCUGAUGUGGUAGAAGUGUCGACAGGAUGGAAUGUGGCCUGGGACCCUAUGCCAGAGGCUGACCCGAAGCCCGCACACGUACCAACUGAUCCAAGGAGCCCGGGACCAUUGGGCCAGCCACAGACCCCUAACCCUGAGGGGACCCAGAGCCCUGGGUUGCUGCCUAGACCAACUCUAGAGACUCAAACCAACAGUAGCAAGGAUCCUGAGGUCCAGCCUUUGCAGCCCAGCCUAGAGGAGGAUGGUGUCCCUGCAGAUCUGCUGCCUGCUAAAAAUGCCAGUUGGCAAGUAGGGAACUGGAGCCAGUGUUCCACCACCUGUGGCCUGGGCGCCAUCUGGAGGCUAGUGCGCUGCAGCUCUGGCAAAGACAAGGACUGCACCCUCUCUAGCCGUCCCCAGCCGGCCCGCCAUUGUCAUCUGAGGCCCUGUGCUGCCUGGCGCGCGGGCAACUGGAGUAAGUGCUCUCGAAACUGUGGUGGAGGUUCCUCUACAAGGGAUGUACAAUGUGUGGACACACGGGACCUCCGGCCGCUGCGGCCCUUUCACUGUCAGCCCGGGCCUACCAAACCACCCACCCAUCAGCUUUGUGGGACCCAGCCCUGCCUUCCUUGGUACACCUCCUCCUGGAGAGAGUGUUCUGAGGCUUGUGGUGGUGGUGAACAGCAGCGUCUGGUGACAUGUCCAGAGCCGGGCCUCUGUGAGGAGUCGCUGAAACCUAACAACAGCAGGCCCUGCAACACCCACCCCUGCACUCAGUGGGUGGUAGGGCCCUGGGGUCAGUGCUCGGCCCCCUGCGGUGGUGGUGUUCAGCGGCGUCUGGUCAAAUGUGUGAACACUCAGACAGGCUUGGCAGAGGAAGACAGCGACCUGUGUAGCCAUGAGGCGUGGCCUGAGAGCUCACGGCCAUGUGCCACUGAGGACUGUGAACUGCUUGAGCCCCCACGUUGUGAGCGGGAUCGCCUGUCCUUCAAUUUCUGUGAGACGCUGCGCCUGCUGGGCCGCUGCCAGCUGCCCACCAUCCGCGCUCAGUGCUGCCGCUCAUGUCCCCCACUCAGCCAUGGUGUCCCUUCCCGAGGCCAUCAGCAGGUGGCCAGACGGUAAACCGAGGCCUGGCAUACACCAACGCACAUCAGAAUGCACAGACUGACCCAUGACACACAGACCUCAGUGCCCCACCACAGGCUGCGGUGGAGCCCCGCUCCUCGUGUCCUAAUGGUGCUAACCCCACCCCUGCACAGUGGCAGGCUGGGGACCCCCCUUUCCUUUCAGAAAAGGUAUUUUUUUAUUCUAACAGUUUGCACAAUGGUUAUUGUUUUACAUAAAUGAGUUAUUUACC